AUGGAUCCGGAGUCUUCGGAUAGUGAUGUCUCUGCUGCUGGCUUGGAUAGUUCCAGCUUUGCUAGUCCGAUAACAACACCAAUUCCUCUACCGCCACCACCUUCGAAACAUGCCUUGGAAUCACCCGAGGCUAUCGAGGCUCGUCUCAACGAGUUGGCAAGGGUCGAAGCACACAACAUCAAAAAGUACGACCUUCUCAAAGCGAAGCGUGUUCGCAAGGAUGAGAAAAUCCGCCGCAGACGUGAAGCUCAAGACAAGAAGUGGGCAGCUAUUUUGCAGGCUCGCGAACGUCGAGAUGCCAGGAUCGAGUCUCGUCGCAGAAGGGAAAAUGCAGUGUUUUCUCAAUUCUUCGACCGUGACUUUGACGAGGAAGAUGAUAAUUUGCGUCGCCGUCUGAAGCGUCUCAAAAGAGGACUUCCAGCCGAAGAAUCCCCGAAACCCGCCUCGCAGACUAUCCCUUCAACACGACCUUCAACGGCGAUGUCUCCCACAGGUCCGUCACUCUCGACUAUUCCUCCACCUGCCAAACGACAUCAAGUUGGUCCUCCAGGUCAAUCUCAAACCGAGUCGAGACCUUCAACCCAAUCCAGCCUUUCUGGUCAAAAUUCAUCAAGUCAGCCCCCAAAAAGCUCGCUACCAGCUCCUCCAUAUUCGUUUUACCGAGAUCCCGGCGCAUUUUCUAGGCCAUAUCAACAUGGACCUUCUCCGUCCGCGCAUGGACCGUCCCCGUCACCCACUGCAGCCACAAAUGGGUUGAGUCAGUCAGGUCCUGAACGACCACCAUUGGGUAUCAACACGGUUUCUCCCAGACCAUAUUCGAGCACACCAUCAGCUACUACGCCUCCCACUACUAAUCCUGCACGACAGACCUCGUCUAGUUACGAUACGCGACCACCCCCGACCACUUCUUCUGGGUUUGCCUCUGUCAAUCCACCAUCAGGUUCAGGCUUUGCCACAAUUAACCCCAGAUCUACUGCUACACCACCUUCCUCUCAUGUUGCGAUAUCAAGGCCCACAGAACUGGAUCCGAAUGAGACACCUGCCAGUCAAAUAGCUAGUCAAGGUUUGGACAGCCGUUUCCAGCAGUACGGAAAUGCACCGAAUAGUGCCUCACCAGCAGGGUCGAGCACUAGCAAGAGAACACCAUCAACAACCCAUCCCUACCAAAUGUCGGAAGCUUUUGCAAACAGACAUCACCAUUGCGAGCGAGUCGACAGUCUGAACCGUGGUAUUUGGACCUCUUAUGGUCUUGGUGGGACACAGGAAAAUCCAACUGCACAAGCCGUCGAGAUGUAUCUGCGGUGCAAUCAUGAUGAUUGUCGGCGCAUCGACUGGCGUACGGUUCACGGAUUGCAGUGUCAUAUUGUUAAGAACCACGUACAGCCUAAGGGAACAAUUGGUAGUCUCGAUAAGGCACUUGAAAGGUAUGGUGUACCGGUCAAAGAGGUUGAAGACUAUGAGCGUGAACAUGGAAGAGGAUCUGGUGGUACCAUGGCCGACCCAAAGAACCAUAAGAUCAAGGUCAAGACUAAGGAGGCGUUGGAGACCAAACCCUUUGUGAAGACGAAUACUCCAGGUGCUUAUGAUCCGGAAGCGAGACCUGCUGGCUACAGACCUAGUCCGACCGAAAGUCCUACGAUUUCUGAACCAGUACCGAAGAGUCUGUCAGCCAGCACUAAUGGUGCACCAGCAGAUGAGAAGAAGGUGCCGCCACCGCAACCACCACCACAGCCACAACGAUCUCCCAUCAAUCCAAAUCCCUUUUCAGCGAUCAGAUCGAACUGGUUAGGUCCUGGCUUUAGGACUGAACCUCCGAGGACGGAACCUGUGAGGAAAGAGCCUGAGCCUAAGAAGUUGCAGGGCGAUUUUGGCGAGGCAGAAAAGCCUAUGUCGAAUGGAGUUGCUGCGGCGCCUCGAACAUCUCAACCCAAUACUGUUCAUCAACGGGAUUCGAGCACCAUCUCCGUGGCUGAUACAUCCAAAGCGGUGGAAAAUGUUACUAUUCCACCUGCUCCACCUGCUCCACGUGCAGAGGAACCCAAGCCGCAAGAGAAGGAAGCUCCUGUCGCACCAAAGGAGGUUGCCAAGGACGAAGAUGUGCAGAUGACCGAUGUUGCGGACGAGAAGAAAGACGCUGUGACUGAGGAGAAACCUGAGUCGAAGCAACCAGAGGCGGAGUCGCCGGAGGAUCAUUCCGAGACAAUCGUGGUCGAUGGUGAUGCGAAUAAGGAUGUCAAUGCGUCAAAGCGAAUUUUCCAGUCGCCAGUCAUGACAGCAGCGACGGUGCCAGCCACCACUCCGUCCAGUGCAAGACGGCCGAGUCGGCGGUCGAGUGUGGCUAGAAAAUCGGUUGAUUCGGAUGCUCAGGACGGCAAGGUUGAAAAUGAAGACAAGGACGAGAAGGAGAAAGACGAGAAGACUGAGAAGGAGACGCCCAAGAGUGAACCGAGACGGUCGAUCGGUGGACGAGUGCUUAGGAAGACGAGAGCUUAG